UAAACAUGAUUUAAUAUUUUAACCAACCAAUGAGGAGGUGAUUUGAUCAACGGAUCUACACGAACAUAUCUUCCAAUUUAAAUUUAAAGUGAUAUUAUUAAGUAAAAGUUUAAACUAAAGUUUUCAUCAUGAGUGGCGGCGGCAUUGCAAAAUCCUCCGAAAAUGUCGGCCUCAAACGAGAAAUGGGCCUCUUCUCGGCCAUCAACAUGAUCCUGGCCGUGAUGAUCGGCUCGGGCAUCUUUGUUUCGCCGGCAUCAGCGCUCGAACAUUCCGGCUCCGUGGGAAUGUGCAUCAUCAUCUGGAUCGUUUGCGGCCUAAUUUCGUUGCUCGGAGCCUUAACAUUCGCCGAAUUGGGAACUGUUGUUCCCAGAUCCGGUGCUGAAUAUGCUUACUUCAUGGACUCCUUCAGUACGCUGCAUAAAUUCUGGGGUAAUUUACCAGCGUUCAUUGCGUCCUGGGUGUAUGUGGUGGUGCUGAGACCUGCAGAAGUAGCUGUUAUCACGUUGACAUUUGCCGAAUAUUUAUGCAAACCAAUCCUGGACGCAUUGGGUGCUUGUGAUAUGGAUACAGAAGCCAUUAAAAAAUACGUCGCCAUUUUAGCUUUAGGAUUAAUAACUUACAUUAAUAUGACCAGCGUAAAACUCUACGUAAAAAUCCAAAAUAUCUUCAGUUCCUUUAAAGUAAUUGCGUGUUUAAUUGUCAUUUUUGGUGGCAUUUACGAGUUGCUAAUUAAAGGCAACACGGAACAUUUGGGUAAAGGUUUUGAAGGGACCAAACUAGCACCCAAAAAUAUCGCAUUGGCAUUUUACAGUGGAUUAUGGGCUUAUGAUGGAUGGAAUUCCAUUGUUACCGUUACCGAAGAAAUCAAGAAUCCUGAAAAGAAUAUCCCAAGAAGUAUCAUGAUCAGUGUGCCAAUUGUUACAUUCCUUUACGUUUUCAUGAACAUCUCGUAUAUGACCGUCAUGAAUAUCGAUGAAAUGGUAAAUGCGCAAGCUGUUGCCGUCGUGUUCGGCGAACGUGUCCUCGGCAUCUUUUCAUUCGUAAUUCCACUUGGAGUCGCACUGAGUACUUUCGGUUGCGCGCUGAGUAUUCAGUUCAGUGUCACUCGAUUAUGUUAUGUAGCCAGUCAAGAUGGACACAUGUUGGAGAAUCUUUCAUACAUUCAUGUCCGCAGGGCAACUCCAGCCCCUUCUGUAGUUAUGCAAGGUAUAAUUUCAUUAGCUUUCAUCGUUGCGGGUAAUAUUAUGGAACUCAUUGAGUUUGCCAGUUUCCUCAUUUGGAUAUUCUAUGGCGUGGCAAUGGUGUCACUCUUAGUUUUAAGAAAAACGAAAAAAGAUACACCUAGACCUUAUAGAGUUCCUACAUGGAUUGCCAUCUUCAUCAUCUUUGUAUCGAUAUUCUUAUCAGUAGUGCCAAUCGUCACCGAUCCAUCGCCCAAAUACUUAUUCGCGAUCGGUUUUAUUUUAAUUGGAGUACUAGUAUACUAUUGGUUUAUUUAUAAAAAGAAUCGGCCAAAAAUAAUGGAUAAAGUGACCUAUUAUGUUCAAGUGCUAUUUGAAGUGGUACCGCCAGCGAACGCACACUCCAGUUAAACCAGAGACAUAUUUAUAAUUUAAUAAAUUCUGUUUUUGUUUGUUUUUAUCGUAAUACGUAAAAAUAUAUCUUUGGUAGUUUAAAAUGUGACAA